AUGAAGGUGCAGCUCGUCGACGAGUCGGACGUGCAUGUGUGGGAGGUCCUGAUCGAGGGCCCCGAGCAGUCCGUUUAUGCCGGCGGCCAGUUCCGCCUCGUCAUCACCCUACCCAAGGACUACCCCUUCAAGCCGCCGAUGCUCAACUUCCACACGAAGAUCUACCACCCAAAUGUCAGCAACGAUGACAAGGGCCUCAUGUGCUUGGGAAUGCUGCGCCCGGACCAGUGGAAGCCGCCGAACAAGCUCACCGCGGUGCUCAACAUGGUCCACAACCUGCUGAUCGAGCCCGACGUGAGCGACCCCGUCGAGCCUGCCAUUGCCGACGUCUACAAGCGGGACAAGAAGGAGUUUGAGAAGACGGCUAAGGACUGGGUUAAGCGGUACGCGUCGGGCAAGAACUAA